AUGGCCCAAAAGUGGAAAAUUGUUGAACUAGAUAGCAAGGAUCUAUCAGAGAAUGUUGUAGAUCAGUCCAAAGAGGUUGAUAUAUUGAAACAAGCAGAAGCAGAGGGUUGCCAGGUGUUAAUGGAGAAAGACAUGGAGAAUACUAGUGAUGCUUUUGUACUAAAACAGACAGAAGAUGGACACAGAAAAUCAUUGAUAGAGACAGGUAUAAAUAGCCAUAAUGAAACUACUCUAGUCGAGCAGUUGGAUGGACAAAGCGAGAGACUUAAGAGGACAGGUACUGAGGAAAUUCAUGGAGAAACCAUUGAAGCACAAGAAAAGGAGUUUUAUAAGGAUGUGGCAGAAGAUUCAAAUAACUCAACCAAUGAUAAGGAUGUGGUAGAAGACUCAAAUAAUUUAAUCAAUGCUGAGAUGCCAUGUAGUUCAGCUACUGUACAGUUAAAAGAAGAUAAGAUGGAAGUUUUUCAUGAAGGCAGGAUUGAGGAGCCAUGUGUUCAGGAUGUUGAUCUGAUUAAUCGGAGGGAACCAUCAUCUGAUGCAACUGCUAUGGAGAUUGAGGUAGUAUCUAACCACAAGAUCUUUUUGAAUAUGCAUGAGGCAGUGGCUCUGGAACAGGACAACAGAAUCAUACACAAGAACAUGGAGGCAACAACAGUGGAAGGCAGCCACACGCUGGAUAGUGGACUAAAUUCUGAUCUAGCCAAUGUUAAUGAAACUCAUGCUGCAUGGGAAAUUAAAAACCAGGAAAUUUUGGACGUGGACAUGCAAGUAGCAAUGGAUGAAAGACAAGAUCUACAAGCUAUAACUGGAAAUGACAAAAGGAAUAUGUCAGAAGAUACAGGCACGAGUGUUUGUGGUGAAUAUCAAAUUAACUCAACUGGUAUGGAGGAUGUCAAGUCUACCAAAGGAUUACAGAACCAAGAAUGUUUGGACCAGAAAGAACAACUAGCAAGGGAGGAAAGACACAAUUUAGGAACUACAACUGAAAAUAACAAAAUGAAUAUGUUAGAAGAUGCAGACGUUCUUGUCUGCGGGCAAUGUCAAAAUGGUUUAACUCAUACCAAGGUCAAGCCUACCAAAGGAAUACAAAACCAAGAACUUUUGAAUAACAAAGAAGUGAGUCCACCUAUAAUAUAA